CAAGGUCAGGAAACUAGUAAAAAAGAGAGAAACAAUUUUUAGAAUCUAUCUGAAGAUCCUACUUUGUUUCGGUUUUGGCAUUCGUCCUAUUUAAGAGAAGAGGUUCGGAAAACGAAAUACGAACCUCUAUAUAAACAAAUACUCCAAUAUCGCAGAAGACAUUCUUUUAUUCUUUCUUCUUCUUCUGGAUAGCAAUAUUAACAAGCAGAAAUUUGUGUCAAUGGCUGAUAAAGAUUUGUCAGUUAUGAAUUCUUCAACACAGGCUCGUAAUGAUCAUCACUGCAUACUGAUUCCGAACGGUUCAACAAGCAAUAACAAUAGUAUUAGUAAUAGCAGUACUGAUGGUGGUGGGAGAGAUGUUGCUUUGAAGACGCCGCGUCUGGUUUCUCUCGAUGUAUUCAGAGGACUCACGGUGGCGCUUAUGGUACUUGUAGAUCAAGCUGGUGGUAUCUUACCUGCAAUUAAUCAUUCCCCAUGGAAUGGUGUUACUUUGGCUGAUUUUGUGAUGCCGUUCUUCAUGUUUAUUGUUGGAGUUGCUCUUGCGCUCGCAUAUAAGAAACUGCCCUGCAAAAUUGAUGCAACCAAGAAGGCUGUGCUUCGGGCACUCAAGCUUUUUGUCUUCGGCAUUCUGCUUCAAGGCGGUUAUUUACAUGGUGUACACGACCUAACUUUUGGUGUUGAUAUUCUACAAAUUAGACUGAUGGGUACCUUACAGAGGAUUGCGAUAGCAUAUCUGUUAACAGCUGUGUGUGAGAUUUGGCUCAAGAGGGAGGGCGUUGUGAAAUCAGGACGAUCUAUGCUUAAGAAGUAUAAAUUCCAGUGGAUAUUUGUUCUGGUUCUUACUGUGACAUAUACUGCACUGUUGUAUGGGCUACAUGUUGCUGACUGGGAGUACCAAAUUCCUAGUGAAAACUCCGCUUUCUCUUCAAAUACAACAUUGGUAAAUUGUGGAGUUCGCGGAGACACUGGACCUGCCUGUAAUGCUGUUGGAAUGAUUGACCGUAAAUUGUUUGGAAUUCAACAUUUAUACAAGAAACCCGCCUACACUCGGACCAAGGAAUGCAGCAUCAACUCACCAGAUAAAGGCCCGCUUCCACCGAAUGCACCUAGCUGGUGUCAAGCCCCAUUCGACCCUGAAGGAAUUUUAAGUUCUGUGAUGGCAGUUGUUACCUGCAUGAUUGGUCUGCAUUUUGGGCAUAUAAUAGUACAUUUCAAGGAUCACAAGCAUAGGAUAAUAUCUUGGAUAAACCCUGCUGCUGGUCUAGUUAUUGCUGGAUUCGCUUUGAACUUCUGCGGGAUGCACAUAAACAAAGCCCUCUACUCUUUAAGCUACACAUGCGUUACUGUUGGUGCUGCAGGCAUUCUUUUUGUCGCAAUUUAUGUGAUGGUUGAUGUAUUUGGUUCCAGAAAACCAACUUUGGUUUUUGAAUGGAUGGGAAAGCAUGCUUUGGUGAUCUAUAUUCUUGCAGCAUGCAAUGUCUUUCCUAUCCUCGUACAGGGUUUCUACUGGAACGAACCCGGAAACAACCUUUUGAGAUUAAUUGGUAUUGGCCGCUCAUAAUUGGUUCACAGAGAACAUAAGGAUGCAUUAUGGACGCAUGAGCAAAAGAGAAGCAUAUCCUCCGAGGGUGUAAGACAAGGGUGCAUAUUGUAAUACCGCAGACCUUCUUGCCAAGCAUGGUGCUGACUGUUGAGGAUGGUUCUCAAUCUACAUGAAGGCUGGUGCCGCCAAGUUUACUAGUAUUGGACAGUAACAGUCUUGUCUGCCCAAUUGUAAAUAUAUCUAUGUUUCGCUCGUAUAUUAAUAAACAUCGUCCUAAUUUAA